UAUUGCCUGAAAUGACCUUAUACGGGAUACACCAAGGAUAGGUGAAAACAAGUCUUGGACCAAGCGUGGACAGCAAGAUACAGACCUCUGGAGCCAAUCACCUUAACUUUGACAAAGGCGCGGGGAGCGCUAGCUGGCUGUUGGCAACUAUUUUAGUACUUGACUUUCAUUAGCUAAUCAGUAACAAGUUAAACUGCCCCUAGCAUAACAAUAAAUACCACGAAGUCUAUACCCGGGUUUUGCAAAGUCUUUUUAUCGUUGUAAACGGCUUAGUUGUCUCAAUGUUAUUGUUUUGCCUCGUGGCAAACCAUUUGCUCGCUACUAUACUGUCACUGCCGCAGUGUUGUGGCUGAAGGGGCAUUACAAAUCCGUGUAUUAAACCAAACAAUCCCUUUAAUAGCAGCUAAUGAUUUUUAAUUGUAUGUUCUCAUCAGACCUUUUUAAAAUGAUCACAUUAAUUUUCCUUGCAUAUAUGUCCUCUCUCUCUCUCUCUCUCUCUCUCUCUCUCUCUCUCUAAUGAAUGAAAAAUCUAAUAUCAGGAACUUGGAUGGCAGCACGCAAUCGGGUGUUAAUUUUACACCCGACAUGAACAUAUAGAGCGAUGUGAUCCCUACGAUUAAAGUUUUAAGUUUUUAUCACUCGGUGAAGAUGUCAGCUUUCAAUGAGUGCAACAGAAAAACCCGUCCCGAACCCAUCAACGGGAUUAUAAGCAGAUUACCCAAACAAAUCGAAUCACACACACAAACUACCCUCAAUUUCUGCUGAACAUCAAACCAUCGAGCGAAUGUAGGUAUGAAUGGAAGGACGUCGAUUUAAAAAUUGAUAAAUCACCACUGGCUGCGCACGCUCGAUAGCGUAAGGGGCGGGGCCUCCUCGUCAAGCUAUUGACAUAUCUUUUUCGAAAGGAUUGUACCCAAUCUAAAACGAUUUUUUAAAUAAAAGAACAACGCUGUUUAUUUAUAUCAUUUAGAUGUGUAAAGUUGCUUUUUGUUCAUUUUGGAAGUUUGACUUGCCAUAAUGCGUGAUUAGACGAAAGGAUUACAGCAACCUGCGACAUGAAUUUAUCUGGGAAAUGUGAUAGUACACAGUUGAAAUAUUCCAGAAGAUGAAAAUAUUGUGGUUUCGAUUCUAUAUCAUGGAACAAUAUGGAUAAUAAUUUUUAAAGCAUUUUAUAUAGAAGAUAUUCAUUGUAGGAUUUAUUUACAAGUUUAAACAAUGAGAUUGUGCAACUUUGUGUAUCUUCUGCUCGUCUGUCUGGGUGUAACUCUGGGAAACACCGACCAGAAAAACGUGCUUCUUCAUGAAGCUGUUCGGACGUUGCUGGGAUUUCAAGAAUCUCCGAAUCGCUAUCAAAAAUCGCAGACAGUCCCCAGUGUCUUAUCGGAACAGGCGCCUCAGUACAUGAUGGAUUUGUACGAGAAGUUUAAAAACAAUCGCAUUUCCAAAGGACAUUUAUCUGGAAAUACUGUACGAAGCAUCCAUGCUGAAAUAGCUGUGGUGAAUGGGGAGACCAUGUUUGUUUUCAACCUGACGUCUAUUAGUCGAACAGAACAGUUAUUGAGCGCAGAAAUUCAUUUGUACAAACGAAAACCCAAACGCUUCAAUCCUAAAAAAGACAUUGAAUUAAAAAUGUAUGAAGUGGCCCCUCAUUAUAUGUCUGAAGAAGGGAAAAUUACGAUGCGGGCCGAAUCGUUUGGUUGGCAGUGGUAUGAUGUUACAGACGCCAUAUACAGUUGUCUGGCGGCUAGACGAAACGUACCCCAUCUAUUUGCACUGAAUUUUAAGACAGAAAAACAAAAUGGCAAAUUGAAGGACAUUGCAUUGAAAAGGUUCAUCCGCCAUCAUUCCAUGCCAUUCUUAGUUGUAUAUACUAACGAUACUCAAGAAAAUCGUUUUGAUCAAUUAGAUACUUUAGCAGAUAAAAUCAAAAUGGAUUCCUCUAAUUCGUAUAAGAAUACGGAGACGAGGAAGUUACAAGAUGAGGUGAUAGAUAUCAAAUUGAGGGAUAAAAGAUCAAUAUUUGACAAUGAAAUUCCUGAGAAUCCAAUAAUUUAUCAACACACAGAGCGAAAAUUUAACAUUCCCCAAACGCACCCAGGAAUUCUCCAAACACGAAAACAAAAUCGCAACAAAAAUUCCGGUUCUAGACGUAUACCGUACCCAGACAAGGGCAAAAGAAGAAGAAAUAGGAAACGAAAAAACAGGAGAAAGAAAAACAGACGGAGGAAUCGAGUAUUCCCAAAAGAGUGGAAACAUGUCAAACAGAAUAUGGCAACAGAGGAAAAUAACGAGCAGCUUUGUGGCCGCCGGAAGUUGAUAGUGGAUUUUGCUGACAUAGGGUGGGGCGAUUGGAUCAUAUCUCCAAAAUCUUUUGAGGCCCACUACUGUGCAGGGUCAUGUCCAUUUCCCCUCACAAAGAGGCUGAGACCUUCAAACCACGCCACAAUACAAAGUAUGGUCCAUGCGAUUGGAAUAUACACUGAUGUCCCAGCACCGUGUUGUGUCCCGGAUUCUAUGUCAUCGAUUACUCUACUUUACUUUGAUGAGAAUCGAAAUGUUGUCCUGAAAAAUUAUCCAAGUAUGACAGUGAACUCUUGUGCAUGCAGGUAGAUCCCGGAAUAACAUGCGACUAAUUCGGUAGAUUCCGGAGUAACAUACAACUAAUUCGGUAGAUUCCGGAGUAACAUGCGACUAAUUCGGUAGAUUCCGGAAUAAUAUACGACUAAUUCCGUGGAUUCAUAGUCCCAAAGCGAAAGCAUCUGACCUCUGCGAUUUCACCCAAUAAAGCAAAGCGAACGCAAACCACUUGACAAAUGACAUAUUUGAUGACAAAAGAGGUUGAAUCCUUUUGGCUAUAUAAUGCAGUUUCAUGAAGGCUUUAUUGAGGUCUUGAAGACAUCAAUUUUCCCUGUGUAGCGUUUGAGAAUUAUGUUCGAAGCGAAUUUCCAGUUUACACACGAUCCGAGAUACAGGUUGUUGUCGUGGCUACCUUUACAUUUUGUUCACGGCAACAUUGUUUUAUUCAGGACAGGGCCAGUUUUUUGUGCGAUAUCUACCUCAUGUUUAAACUAGCCAGCACAAGAUGACAAAUUUCCGGGAAAUGACAUUGAAUAUUUAGCUCUAAUAGUACUAAAGAGUUAGUUAUUUUAUUGUGUAAUAUCUGUCCAUUGUUUGCAUCGUUGGUCGGUGCCAUAUCGUGCUAAUUCCAUAGUUUUAGAACCGCUUGGUUGCAAUCGCAACGCUCGAGAGUAGUUAGGUGCUCGGGAUGAUGACUCUAUUUGUAUGAUGAGACCUUUUUAUUGAAUGAUGAUAACUCAGGAAAGCGUGACCCAUAUUAAAGACCUUGUAAUUAAAAUACUAAUAAUGUUCUAUCAGUAUACUUAAACUUCGUCAUUCUGUAAUUUUAUGAAUUUUAUAAAUCUCGGUAUUUUUGUAAGCACAAAAGUGUUAAUAUUUUUUAAUACUUAUAUAUUUGAUAAAUGGAAAUUAGUAGAAAAGGAACGUUAACCAUGUUGCCAGUUUAUUCUUUAAUGUGGUAUAUCUAUCACGUGACUUCGAAUCGUCCCAUUUCGUCAAGAAUCUCUCAGGAUUUUCAGAUUUAUGACACUCAUUAGAGCAAUUUUGGAGCAUGUUUGUUAGAGCAAUUCAUUUUUUUUUAAUUUUUUUUUUUACAUUUCCACAGCAUUUCCUGUCGAUGGUUUUCACGAACCGUGUCGUUUUCAGGUAACACUUUCACCACCUGUCUCACUAUUUAUUUCUCAUGAUAUACACAUCUCUUCAUAAUCAUUAAUAAAUUCACCAUUAGCUGGUUGUCUUUUUGCGCUAAUAUCCAAUAAAACACGUUAGAUAUAGCCAUUUUCAUUUCAUUGGCAUGUUAGUGCGUUUUGCAUGGAUUGUUUCCCCCAUGCAAUUAACGAAUGCAUUUUUUGUAUCAAAAUAUUCAUGCAAUUUACAUUGUUGUGUUGAUCAAUUUGUAUUUUUAUUGUACAUAGUUAACUUUGAACUUGAAAUGUCAUGUUAUUAAACUUGUUGUAAUUCAAAA